AGGGCGGGCGGCGGGCGCGAUACGCGCGACUUCCAAGGCUGAGGAAGGGUCGAGUCGGGGCGAGGGCAGCGCGGAAGCCCUGCGCCCCUCGUCCCCUCUCCCGCCUGCUUCCCACCCGCGUCUUUGCCCUCCGCUUCCUCUUCCACUCAUGUCGGUUCUGUCUGCACACAAAGGCCUCUUCCUCAGCCGGUUCCCCCAUUCCCUGGCACGUUGGCGAUUUUGUUUGGUUCCACUUCCUCUUGAAGCUUUGCCCUCACUUUCACCUUCUUUUGCUUACUCGCGGUUUGGGGGGGGGAGGUUGGGGUGGAGCGCAGCCCCGUCCUGCCUUUUUAUGCCUAAAACGGGCCAGACUUGAAUUUGAGGGACUCAUGGCCCUCCUUGCUGGGGUGUUGCUUCCUCUUCGUUUGCCUUGCUGCUUCUUCGUCUUUGCGUUUCGCUGACAAUGGAUGUGACAGAAAAGGGGCAGAAGGCGCCUGUCGGCUCUCCUCCCCUUUCGCUAGAAGGUGUUCAGCUCGCCCGGGGCAAAGAAGCAGCCGCUUCAGCUCCUGCCAGUCCACAGGAGCAGUCCAUAGUACCUUUGAAUAGGGAAAUCCAAGAAAGCAGUAGGAUUCAGGUGUCUGUAAUUUUGCCAGUUUAUAAUGCUGAAUGCUGGUUGGAUGAGUGUUUGAAGUCUCUUCUGGAACAAGACUUCCAAGGCUCCAUGGAACUCUCUGUUUUCAAUGAUGCUAGUACGGACAAUUCAAUGAAUAUAAUAGAAAAAUGGAAAGUUCUGUUAGAAGAAGUGGGCAUCCACGUACGUGUUGGAGGACAUUGUUCCCCUCGGCCACGAGGAGUUGGCUUUGCUAAAAAUCGUGCUGUGGAUCAGAGCUUGGGGGCCUAUCUCUGCUUUCUGGAUUCCGAUGAUGUGAUGAUGCCCCAGAGAAUAAGACUUCAGUGGGAAGUUGCUAUUCAGCAUCCAAAAAGUAUCAUAGGUUGCCAAGUUAGGAGAGAGCCAGCAGAUUCCACUGAGCGAUACACUCGUUGGAUAAAUAGUCUAACAAAGGAACAACUUGUGACUCAGGUUUUUACUUCCCAUGGACCAACAGUAAUUAUGCCAACUUGGUUCUGCUCCCGGGAAUGGUUUUGCCAUGUGGGAAGAUUUGAUGAAGGAGGAAAGGGCACCCCAGAAGAUCUGCUUUACUUUUAUGAACAUCUCCGAAAAGGUGGUGAAGUCUUUCGAGUUAACCAGUGCCUUCUUCUGUAUCGUUACCAUCCACAGGCAACAACUCAUUCCGUUUUAGAGGAAACCAUCUGGACAUACCGUCUCCUGUUCCUGGAAGAGAGAGUCCUCAGUCACUGGACAUAUUUCACCAUUUGGAAUGCUGGUAAACAGGGCAAGAAGCUCUUUAGAAGUUUAUCUCCCACUAACCAGAAAAAAGUGAUUGCAUUUUGUGAUGUAGACAAAAAUAAGAUCGCAAAAGGAUUUUAUACUUAUGAAGAAUCAAAGGAAAACCCGAAACCCAGAAUACCCAUUGUAUAUUUCAAAGAUGCUUCCCCACCUUUCAUUAUUUGUGUGAAACUGGAUCUGACAGGUGGACAGUUCGAAGAAAACUUGAGCCAGAUGAACCUGAAGGAAGGUGUGGAUUACCACCAUUUCAACUGAAGUGUAUGGUGUACUGGAAAGUCCUACAUUGUGAAAUAAGCCAAAGGAGACACAAUUUGCAAAGGUUUUGGUUUUUAUCCAGCAGUGGUUGCAGUGUUACUGGAUGAUCCCUGCUUUACUCGUAUGAGUUCCUCCCUUAAGGGAACUAUUAAUAAAUUCAAAAAUUACACAC